AACACGGACUGCACAGAAAUGCAUGUUUUCGGUUACGGUUCACUGAUUUGGAAGAUAGAUUUUCCUUAUACCCGCAGAAUAGUAGGACAUAUACGCGGUUACAAGCGGAGAUUCUGGCAAGGUAGCACAGAUCAUCGAGGAGUUCCAGGCAAGCCUGGAAGAGUUGUAACACUUAUCAAAGAUCCCAAGGAGUGUGUUUGGGGAGUUGCGUAUGAAGUCCCUGAAGAUGAGAUUGAAAGAGUAAAGGAUCACUUGGAUUAUCGUGAAAAGGGUGGAUACACAUGCGAAACGGUUAAAUUUUAUCCACAAGAUACAAGAACAGAACCAUUCUCUGUUACUAUCUAUAUCGGGACUGAGCAAAAUCCUAAUUACCUUGGAGAAGCUAAUAUGGAUGACAUCGCUAAACAAAUAGUCCAAUCUAUAGGACCCAGUGGUAAAAACACAGAGUACCUGUUUGAAUUGGCCAAUGCAGUCAGGAGUCUAUUCCCAAAUGUAGAAGAUUUUCACCUAUUUGAAUUAGAGCAAAGAGUUAGAAAUUUAGGUAAACACAUGGAUUAUACACCCAUUAACACAAGUUGA